AAAAAGAUGGUCGGCUCCGCGCAGCUGAUGAACUAAUGUGCAUUGAUGGAAUUCCUGUUAAAGGGAAAUCACACAAACAAGUCUUGGACCUCAUGACAACUGCUGCUCGAAAUGGCCAUGUGUUACUAACUGUCAGACGGAAGAUCUUCUAUGGAGAUGUCCAGAAGGCUUGUUGGGGGAAUAUUGUCAACAUCGAGACCCCUGUGAGAAGAACCGCUGCCAGAAUGGUGGGACUUGUGUGGCCCAGGCCAUGCUGGGGAAAGCCACGUGCCGAUGUGCCUCAGGGUUUACAGGAGAGGACUGCCAGUACUCGACAUCUCAUCCAUGCUUUGUGUCUCGACCCUGCCUGAAUGGCGGCACAUGCCAUAUGCUCAGCCGGGAUACCUAUGAGUGUAUCUGUCAAGUCGGGUUUACAGUCCCUGGCCCCACCUCUUCUGCCACAAACAUCAGCAUGGUGGUAUCAGCCGGCCCUUUGUCCAGCGAGAAGGCAGAGGUGAACAUUCUAGAAAUCAACGAGAAAUUGCGCCCCCAGCUGGCAGAGAAGAAACAGCAGUUCAGAAGCCUCCAAGAGAAAUGUUUUGUAACUCAACUGGCCGGCUUCCUGGCCAACGGACAGAAGAAAUACAAAUAUGAAGAGUGCGAAGACCUCAUAAAAUCUAUGGUGAGGAAUGAGCGACGACAGUUCAAGGAGGAGAAGCUUGCGGAGCAGCUCAAGCAAGCUGAGGAGCUCAGGCAAUAUAAAGUCCUGGUUCACUCUCAGGAACGAGAGCUGACCCAGUUAAAGGAGAAGUUACGGGAAGGGAGAGAUGCCUCCCGCUCAUUGAAUGAGCAUCUCCAGGCCCUCCUCACUCCGGAUGAGCCGGACAAGUCCCAGGGGCAGGACCUCCAAGAACAGCUGGCUGAGGGGUGUAGACUGGCACAGCAACUUGUCCAAAAGCUCAGCCCAGAAAAUGACGGAGAUGAGGAUGAAGAUGUUCAAGUUGAGGAGGCUGAGAAAGUGCAGAAAUCAUCUCCCCCCAGCUGGCUCAUCAGGGAGAUGCAGAAGGCUGAAGAGAGCAAAGUCCCUGAGGACUCACUGGAGGAAUGUGCCAUCACUUGUUCAAAUAGCCACGGCCCUUGUGACUCCAACCAGCCUCACAAGAACAUCAAAAUCACAUUUGAGGGAGACGAAGUCAACUCAACUCUGGUUGUAGACAGAGAAUCCUCUCACGAUGAAUGUCAGGAUGCUCUAAACAUUCUCCCAGUCCCUGGCCCCACCUCUUCUGCCACAAACGUCAGCAUGGUGGUAUCAGCCGGCCCUUUGUCCAGCGAGAAGGCAGAGAUGAACAUUCUAGAAAUCAAUGAGAAAUUGCGCCCCCAGCUGGCAGAGAAGAAACAGCAGUUCAGAAGCCUCCAAGAGAAAUGUUUUGUAACUCAACUGGCCGGCUUCCUGGCCAACGGACAGAAGAAAUACAAAUAUGAAGAGUGCGAAGACCUCAUAAAAUCUAUGGUGAGGAAUGAGCGACGACAGUUCAAGGAGGAGAAGCUUGCGGAGCAGCUCAAGCAAGCUGAGGAGCUCAGGCAAUAUAAAGUCCUGGUUCACUCUCAGGAACGAGAGCUGACCCAGUUAAAGGAGAAGUUACGGGAAGGGAGAGAUGCCUCCCGCUCAUUGAAUGAGCAUCUCCAGGCCCUCCUCACUCCGGAUGAGCCGGACGAGUCCCAGGGGCAGGACCUCCAAGAACAGCUGGCUGAGGGGUGUAGACUGGCACAGCAACUUGUCCAAAAGCUCAGCCCAGAAAAUGACAACGAUGACGAUGAAGAUGUUCAAGUUGAGGUGGCUGAGAAAGUGCAGAAAUCGUCUGCCCCCAGGGAGAUGCAGAAGGCUGAAGAAAAGGAAGUCCCUGAGGACUCACUGGAGGAAUGUGCCAUCACUUGUUCAAAUAGCCAUGGCCCUUAUGACUCUAACCAGCCACAUAGGAAAACCAAAAUCACAUUUGAGGAAGACAAAGUCGACUCAACUCUCGUUGGCUCAUCCUCUCAUGUUGAAUGGGAGGCUGCUGUACACAUUAUUCCAGAAAAUGAAAGUGAUGAUGAGGAAGAGGAAGAAAAAAGGCCAGUGUCUCCCAGGGGCAUGGAUGAAGCUGGAAACCAUCAUUCUCAGCAAACUAUUGCAAGGACAAAAAACCAAAUACCGCAUGUUCUUACUCACAGGAAUCUGCAGGAGUCUGAAGAGGAGGAAGUCCCCCAGGAGUCCUGGGAUGAAGGUUAUUCGACUCUCUCAAUUCCUCCUGAAAUGUUGGCCUCGUACCAGUCUUACAGCAGCACAUUUCACUCAUUAGAGGAACAGCAAGUCUGCAUGGCUGUUGACAUAGGCAGACAUCGGUGGGAUCAAGUGAAAAAGGACGACCAAGAGGCAACAGGUCCCAGGCUCAGCAGGGAGCUGCUGGAUGAGAAAGGGCCUGAAGUCUUGCAGGACUCACUGGAUAGAUGUUAUUCAACUCCUUCAGGUUGUCUUGAACUGACUGACUCAUGCCAGCCCUACAGAAGUGCCUUUUACGUAUCGGAGCAACAGCGUGUUGGCUUGGCUGUUGACAUGGAUGAAAUUGAAAAGUACCAAGAAGUGGAAGAAGACCAAGACCCAUCAUGCCCCAGGCUCAGCAGGGAGCUGCUGGAUGAGAAAGGGCCUGAAGUCUUGCAGGACUCACUGGAUAGAUGUUAUUCGACUCCUUCAGGUUAUCUUGAACUGCCUGACUUAGGCCAGCCCUACAGCAGUGCUGUUUACUCAUUGGAGGAACAGUACCUUGGCUUGGCUCUUGACGUGGACAGAAUUAAAAAGGACCAAGAAGAGGAAGAAGACCAAGGCCCACCAUGCCCCAGGCUCAGCAGGGAGCUGCUGGAGGUAGUAGAGCCUGAAGUCUUGCAGGACUCACUGGAUAGAUGUUAUUCAACUCCUUCCAGUUGUCUUGAACAGCCUGACUCCUGCCAGCCCUAUGGAAGUUCCUUUUAUGCAUUGGAGGAAAAACAUGUUGGCUUUUCUCUUGACGUGGGAGAAAUUGAAAAGAAGGGGAAGGGGAAGAAAAGAAGGGGAAGAAGAUCAAAGAAGAAAAGAAGAAGGGGAAGUAAAGAAGGGGAAGAAGAUCAAAACCCACCAUGCCCCAGGCUCAACGGCAUGCUGAUGGAAGUGCAAGAGCCUGAAGUCUUACAGGACUCACUGGAUAGAUGUUAUUCGACUCCGUCAAUGUACUUUGAACUACCUGACUCAUUCCAGCCCUACAGCAGUGUGUUUUACUCAUUUGAGGAACAGCACAUCAGCUUCGCCCUUUACGUGGACAAUAGGUUUUUUACUUUGACGGUGACAAGUCUCCACCUGGUGUUCCAGAUGGAAGUCAUAUUCCCACAAUAAGCAGCCCUUACUAAGCCGAGAGAUGUCAUUCCUGCAGGCAGGACCUAUAGGCACGUGAAGAUUUGAAUGAAAGUACAGUUCCAUUUGGAAGCCCAGACAUAGGAUGGGUCAGUGGGCAUGGCUCUAUGCCUAUUCUCAAACCAUGCCAUUGGCAACCUGUGCUCAGUCUGAAGACAAUGGACCCACGUUAGGUGUGACACUUUCACAUAACUGUGCAGCACAUGCUGGGAGUGAUCAGUCAGACAUUUUAAUUUGAACCACGUAUCUCUGGGUAGCUACAAAAUUCCUCAGGGAUUUCAUUUUGCAGGCAUGUCUCUGAGCUUCUAUACCUGCUCAAGGUCAGUGUCAUCUUUGUGUUUAGCUCAUCCAAAGGUGUUACCCUGGUUUCAAUGAACCUAACCUCAUUCUUUGUGUCUUCAGUGUUGGCUUGUUUUAGCUGAUCCAUCUGUAACACAGGAGGGAUCCUUGGCUGAGGAUUGUAUUUCAGAACCACAACUGCUCUUGACAAUUGUUAACCCGCUAGGCUCCUUUGGUUAGAGAAGUCACCGUCCUUCAGCCUCCAAUUGGUGUCAGUACUUAGGAAGACCACAGCUAGAUGGACAAACAGCAUCGGGAGGCCUUAGCCCUGCUCCUCUCCAUUCCAUCCUGUAGAGAACAGGAGUCAGGAGCCGCUGGCAGGAGACAGCAUGUCACCCAGGACUCUGCCGGUGCAGAAUAUGAACAAUGCCAUGUUCUUGCAGAAAACGCUUAGCCUGAGUUUCAUAGGAGGUAAUCACCAGACAACUGCAGAAUGUAGAACACUGAGCAGGACAACUGACCUGUCUCCUUCACAUAGUCCAUAUCACCACAAAUCACACAACAAAAAGGAGAAGAGAUAUUUUGGGUUCAAAAAAAGUAAAAAGAUAAUGUAGCUGCAUUUCUUUAGUUAUUUUGAACCCCAAAUAUUUCCUCAUCUUUUUGUUGUUGUCAUGGAUGGUGGUGACAUGGACUUGUUUAUAGAGGACAGGUCAGCUGUCUGGCUCAAUGAUCUACAUUCUGAAGUUGUCUGAAAAUGUCUUCAUGAUUAAAUUCAGCCUAAACGUUUUGCCGGGAACACUGCAGAGACAAUGCUGUGAGUUUCCAACCUCAGCCCAUCUGCGGGCAGAGAAGGUCUAGUUUGUCCAUCACCAUUAUGAUAUCAGGACUGGUUACUUGGUUAAGGAGGGGUCUAGGAGAUCUGUCCCUUUUAGAGACACCUUACUUACAAUGAAGUACUUGGGAAAGUGGUUUUCAAGAGUAUAAAUAUCCUGUAUUCUAAUGAUCAUCCUCUAAACAUUUUAUCAUUUAUUAAUCCUCCCUGCCUGUGUCUAUUAUUAUAUUCAUAUCUCUACACUGCAAAUUUUGGGUCUCAAUUUUUACUGUGCCUUUGUUUUUACUAGUGUCUGCUGUUGCAAAAGGAAGAAAACAUUCUCUGCCUGAGUUUUAAUUUUUGUCCAAAGUUAAUUUUAAUCUAUACAAUUAAAACCUUUUGCCUAUCA